AUGACGACAGAGAGGUCGCCUGAGUGCCGCAGCAGCCUCCUUAGCCCCCUUGGCGCCGUGACAACUACCACAGCCGCAUCGGCCGCUGCUGUUUCCUUGCCAAACGAUCUCGUCUUUGACAUCCUUUCCAGGCUGCAGGUGAAGCCCCUGUGUCGAUUCCGGUGUGUCUCUCGAGGAUGGCGCGCCCUCAUCUCCGAUCCAGUCUUCGCCACCAUGCAUAAAUCUCCGAUCGUUAGUUUCUCCAAGGAAAAUCCAUGCGCUUUAUACCGGGACUUGCGGCUGAUGGACAUGGAUGGCAAUGUUGUGAAGGCGAUAGAGGGCAAAGGUAGCAUCGGGCUGCACUCUACAAGCGUAGACAGCCUAAUCUGUGUCGUCGCCAAUGUUUUUUCCGGUCUCGCCCAUGUGGUCGACCUUGCCACCGGGGAGGCGCUGCUAGACUGCCCAGAAUCAAAAGACCUAAUAAGCUACCGCCAGUGCGUCUUUGGCUUCGGUCGCAGUGCACCGUCCGGCUUGUACAAGGUGGUCCGCCUAUGGGAUUAUCAAACUGGCUGCGAGGUCCUCACCGUAGGAGAAGACACUGAAUGGAGGACGGCGCAGUCAUCCCCAGUCUAUAUCUCCGCGUAUCGCAGCUCCCCUGUUGCAGUCAAUGGCAACAUUUACUUCUUGAUCUCAUUUCAUUACCGUGGCCCCAUCCGCCCAUUAUUCUAG